AUGUUUCGAGCUCCUUUGCUCAUAUUAGCCGCAUUCUCAAUCUUGUACCUCGUCUUGAUUCAAUACUGUUGUAUGGCGAAUUAUCGUGAUCCAACUUCCAGAUUCUUCGACCCUACCCGGGCAUACAAACACAUAUACUCUCAAGAGAGAAUCAAGGAAGCCGACUCAUUCAUUCUGUCCCAAGACUCCCGACCCAGCGCAAUCGAACAUGCAGUGCAGACACCGGUGUUGUGUAUUGGGGUUGCCACGGUCGCGCGUCGAGGUGAUCAAUAUGUACGCCGAACCAUAGGCUCACUUCUUGAGGGCCUCAGCCAACAAGAGCGAGGGGCUAUAUACAUGAAUCUCUUUCUCGCCCAUACCGACCCUGCCAAGCAUCCUGUUUUCGGCGAGAAGUGGGUAGAGACGCUUCCGAAUAAAAUCGUCGAAUACAGCAAAUCGGAUAUUGAGCGUGUGCAGGAAUGGGAAACGAAUGGUUGGUACCGGAAUAAAACGAUAUUUGACUACAACUACUUGCUUCAGGAUUGCUACGCGACUGGCGCUCCUUACAUUGCCAUGAUAGAAGAUGACACUCUCGCGGUGAGGGGUUGGUAUCGCGUGCGAUGGAAGCAUUGCGUGACGUCCGAGUGGCCAUGGAGCGCCGGGAGGGACAGAAUUGGGUAUAUCUCAGGUUAUUCUACACAGAAGAUCUCUUCGGAUGGAAUAGUGAGAGCUGGCCGAGAUAUCUGUUCUGGUCUCUCACAAUCUGGCUUGCCAUCAUGA